AUGCCUCGUCGAGCCUUUGAUACACUACGUCGCGUACCAAUUGUGGUGAUUCCACGAAGACGGAAGUAUAAACAUAUUUCGAGACGAAACACACAACUUAUUGCUAAUCUUCGCCGUUGUGUAUCUGAUCCUAUAUUAUACCACAGUUUUAAUCAUUGGUGGGGUCUAACAAAGCCAUUUACUCCAGAUGAGGAGAUAUCAUUGGCAGCUUCUUCUGUAUUCAAUGCAGCUACUUCCGAAGCGAUUUCUGCUUCAGAUGAGGUGACAAGAGCUGAAGUAACGACACUCUGGAAAGAUUGUGCUGUGCCAAUCUUACGAACUGCGCAACACAUUCCUUUCAGAGAAGAGUUGGGGGAUUUUAAGGGCACUCCACUGACAACCGUUCACCAGGGUGAAUUUCAACCGAAGAGUACAGGUGAUCGAGAUUUUUUAUAUACUUGUGCGAUGAAGAAAGCUACUGGAGUAGCUGACAUUCAAUCAGAUGAUAGUAUCACUCUCGAUCAAAGGAAUCAGCCAAUUGCUGAAGUAUUGUUACGUGCUCCGACUCCGCCUACUACGUCUCGCUUACGUUCACGCCACUUAGUUUCUCGUAGUAUUGUGCUGCCUAAAACAAAUGCUUUAGAAGCACCACUAAUCAAGCGGCGCUUGUCAGGUCGUGCUACUCAGCAUAUUGCUGCUGCUAGUGCUAGUAGUAGUCAUCACAAAGAUUUCCAUCGAGAAUACGUCAAUUUGCCUUCGGUGAGCGAUAAUCUAGAUGAAAGGGAAGAAGAACGAAGCGCAGAACAAAAAGCUCAAAAUACUGUUACAGCUGUUGCAGCUGCAUUCUCGACACUAGCUCUUGAUCCGCAGCAGCAAGUCGUUCAUAAACGAGGGGCUGUUGCUGAACAAGCAGUUGAUAAUGUUGCUUCAAACAGUGAGAGUACUGUUACAGCAGUAACAAGCACAGAUACUGCUUGGAAAGGUAAUCUCAAGAGUACUGAAAGUAAUGACAGCACUAUGGUUGCGCUCACAUCAGCUCAAAAAGUUAUUCCAUCACCUAAUGAUCCUGAUUACAGCAGUACAUUCGGUGAUAAUGCUGGUAACUGUCCAAAAAAAUUGCGCAAAGAGCUCUCAACAGUUAAUGUGAUGAUGAUGCAACAGCCACCUGUACCACCAGUUCGGAAACCAAAAUCAUCUAACAAAGCAUUUUCUCAGAAUUCCCUUCUAACAACUCUCCAGUUACCGCCUUCUGUUAGUGCAAAAGUGGAUCGAAUUAUUGCUAAUGCAGAUCGUAAGGAAAAGGAACGACGUUCCAAUCGUGCACCGAUCAAUUCGAGUGAUCGUUCGGAUCGCCCACAACCGGUUUCUUCAACAAAGUCACACAUAAUCGAGGCUGGGCAAACGCCAUCCAGUUCUAUCACACCCUCAGUUGCACGAACUGUGGUUCAGGAUGAUCGUGAUGGACAUUUGAUAUAUCAAGAUGGUGAUGUAAUUCAAGGAAAAUAUGAAAUAAUACGGACGUUAGGCGAAGGAACAUUUGGCAAAGUAGUACAAGUUAAAGAUGGUACCAAAAGUGGUCGGCAGUUUGCAUUGAAAGUUAUUAAAAAUGUAAGCAAAUAUCGAGAAGCCGCGCGUCUUGAAAUUAAUGUACUCAAAAAAUUACAAGAAAGAGAUCCGAAUGGAAAAUUCUUAGUGAUACAGCUUUUGGAUAAUUUUGAUUAUCACGGACACGUUUGCUUGUUAUUCGAAUUACUUGGCCUUAGCGUUUUUGAUUUUAUGAAAGCCAAUAAUUACCAAGCGUAUCCAAUGGAACAAGCGAGGUACAUAGCCUAUCAAUUAUGUUAUGCAGUGAAGUUUAUGCAUGAUAAUCGUUUAACGCACACAGAUCUCAAGCCCGAAAAUAUUUUAUUUGUUAAUAGCAGUUACAGAGUAGUUGAAGAUGGAAAGAAAAAAAGACCGUUACGGAUAAUUGAUGAUGCACGCGUGAGGUUGAUCGAUUUAGGUUCAGCAACAUUUGAUCAUGAACAUCACUCAACUAUUGUUUCCACAAGACAUUAUCGAGCACCUGAAGUGAUUCUAGAGCUUGGCUGGUCGCAACCAUGUGAUGUCUGGUCAAUUGGAUGUAUUUUAUUUGAACUCUACCUCGGCAUCACAUUAUUUCAAACACACGAUAAUAGGGAACAUCUUGCAAUGAUGGAACGUAUUCUGGGUACUUUGCCUUAUCGAAUGUGCAGGAAGUCAAAAACCAAAUAUUUUUACCAUGGCCGCUUAGAUUGGAAUGAAAAAACCCAAGCAGGACAGUAUGUAAAGGAUACUUGCAAACCGCUGUCGCGUUAUAUGAAAUCAAACGAUCCAGAGGAUGUCGAAUUAUUUGAUAUAAUAUCAGAAAUGCUCACAUAUGAACCGUCCCAAAGAAUAACAUUAGACUCUGCUCUAGAUCAUCGGUAUUUCAAACGUUUAGAAUCACAUCUUAGGUUGCAUGAAAACGAAGCUUCAUCGAACGGGUCAUCCUCAUCAAUAGGAGCGUCAUCAGUAACACAAUCAGCAAAAACUGAAAUUAUAGUAAUAUCAGAAGCGGGUGAUGGAGGUAGUGAACAACGAUAG